CCUUACUUAGUGUCUUGUCGACUCUCUUGCAACCGUGACGCUGCAAUGCCGGUGCUGAAUUCUGUUUGAAUAAGAACAAUCAUUCGUUCUCGCAAAUCCUCCAUAGUGCUUGCCCUGUGCUUGGGGUCACUCUUAGCGUUCCUCCUCCCGGGACCAGCAAGUGAUGUGGCGGAGACGGUGAAGAAGAUGGAGGUCUUAGCGAUGCCUGGCCAGCCUCAUGAUGCGGAUUUGCCGUGGUGGGAGGGGGGUGAAUGUCGAUGCACAGACACCCACUGCCUGCCUCCACCCACGCCCGUGCUACCCCGGGAGAAGAUGGGCGGCAACUGUGGGCUGAGGGCGUGGCGGGCGGGAGGAGGUCAGAGGGUCAUAUCCUUCGCUCUCUACGGGAAUAAUUCGGUUUAUUUCGAAGGACUAAAGAAAAAUGUUAAUCGGACCCGCCUCGUCUAUCCCGGAUGGUCAGUGUGGCUGUACACCGACCCGCGAGGAUUACACGACCUCCUCUGCCCUCUUCUGCGCGACUUCCCCCACCUGUUCGUGUGCGACGUGACCAACCUGCCGGCGCUCGGGAACAGGAGUGACGCGAGGAAGAUGCUGUGGAGAGCGCUGCCCAUGGGAGAUCCGAACGUGGAUGUUUUCCUCUCGAGGGAUACGGAUGCGCAGAUCCUGGAGCGAGAGACAGCCGCCGUCCGCCAGUGGCUGGAGACGAACCGCACUUUCCACGUCAUGAGGGACCACCACAACCACUGCGCCUACGUCAUGGGGGGGAUGUGGGGCAUGCGGAUGGAUAUUGUGGAUAGGAAGAGGGAAGAAGGAGGAGGAGGAGGUGGAAAGGAAGGAGGAGGAGGAGGAAAGGAAGGAGGAGGAGGUGGAAAGGGGGAAGGAGGAGGUGGAGAGGAUGGAGAAGGAGGAGGAAGUGGCAAAGGGAAGGACGAGGGAGAUAAGAGUGACAGAAAAGACAAAGGAAGAGGAGGAGGAGAUAAAGAAGGAGGAGACGGAGGAGGUACAGAGGCCCUUUCCUACAGCAGGGCCUCCUUCGUCGACGCCAGAAAUGCCCUCAUGGAAAAGGGUUCGACGCGCCAUAAGGAUGAGAAUGACCAAGGAGUAUUGGCUAUCGUGCUAUGGAACAGGUUUAAGGCUGACCUCAUUACCCACAGUAGCUUCUGUUGCGAGAAAUUUCCCGAGGGUUUCACCCCCUUUCCGACACAGCGCGUGGGACGGUCGUUUGUGGGAAAUAAAGACUACAGCAAGCAUCCCGAGAGCUUUCAAGUGAGAUUCGCGUGUCCGAAAGCAUGUCGUCAUCCAGAUCACAUAGACUGGGAAUUCUGCUGAGCGAAACCUUCAGGGUGUUGUGUUAAGUGUAAUGAAGCUUGUUAAUUGCAUAGUGUUAGUGGUGUGUGUGUAUUAGUAAAGAUUGUUGUGAGUUGCUGUUU